GGGUGUGUGUUGGGGGGGGGGGGGGGCGCACAAUCUAGACGCCCACACCCGGCGGGCAGCGCUCGGGGUCGCCCCGGAGCCAAGUGGGGCGAGAGGGCGCCACGAGCCGUCGGAGCCGAGGCCCCAGCAGGACGCCAGUCACGGGGUUGCCGCCCGCAGGGAGCGACGCGCGCGUGUCCACGAGCUCCGGGACGAUGUCCACCAGACCCCACGCCGGCUUCGCGAGCGACGCGGCCCGGCAGGUCCUGGCCGGCGGCUCCGCGGGUCUUGUAGAAAUUUGCCUGAUGCACCCCCUCGACGUGGUGAAAACCAGGUUCCAGAUUCAAAGAUGUGCAACUGAUCCAAACAGUUACAAAAGCUUAGGAGACAGCUUCCGAAUGAUUUCCCGAACAGAAGGGUUGCUUGGUUUCUACAAGGGAAUCCUGCCACCCAUCUUGGCUGAAACACCAAAAAGAGCAAUAAAGUUUUUCACCUUUGAGCAGUACAAGAAAUUACUUGGAUAUGUGUCACUGUCACCAGCAUUGACAUUCGCCCUUGCUGGAUUGGGAUCUGGACUAACAGAAGCCAUCGUGGUUAACCCUUUUGAAGUAGUAAAAGUUGGCUUGCAAGCCAAUCGGAACACAUUUACAGAGCAACCAUCUACUAUGAGUUAUGCAAGACACAUCAUUAAGAAGGAAGGCUUUGGACUCCAGGGCCUCAACAAGGGAUUUACAGCAACUUUGGGACGCCAUGGGAUUUUCAACAUGGUUUACUUUGGCUUCUACCACAAUGUCAAAAACAUCAUUCCUGUCAAUAAGGAUCCAACCUUGGAGUUUUUGAGAAAAUUUGGGAUCGGUCUUCUCUCGGGCACCAUCGCCUCCAUCAUUAACAUCCCCUUUGAUGUUGCCAAAAGUAGAAUUCAAGGGCCUCAGCCAGUUCCCGGAGAGAUCAAGUACAGAACCUGUUUGAAAACGAUGGCAACAGUCUAUCAGGAAGAAGGGAUUUUAGCUUUGUACAAAGGCCUGCUUCCCAAGAUUAUGAGGCUUGGACCAGGUGGUGCAGUGAUGCUGCUGGUUUAUGAAUAUGCUUACUCAUGGCUUCAGGAGAACUGGUGAUUGCCUAUGAAGUGUUUCCCCCUUUCUGAUCAUGGAUAUUUGCUAUAUAGCACCUUAGAGACUAGAGUCAGCUAAACUAAUUCAAUUAUAAUAUGAUUAUGCAACAUAAUAAAGGGGUAAAACUAUUUGUCAAGAACAAAACCUAUCUGGGUAUUUCAGAAAAUAUCCCUAAGCAAUUUAAGCUUGUUUUGUCAUAUCCAUAAAAUCAUAAAAGUGUUAAAUAAUAAAGUAUAUACACUGAAUAAUAGAAAAAUAGCAUAGAAAUCAGAUAUAUCUCAUACCAGCAGUGUAUGCUCCACUUAAAUUGCUUCUCCAUAAAAAUUUAUUAUGUUGACAAGUUUUUUUUUUAAGAAGCCAAGAAAUGCUUAAAUUUUUUUUUUUUUGGCUUUUUGGGUCACACCUGGGCUCUGCACUCAGGAGUUACUCCUGGCAGUGCUCAGGGGACCAUAUGGGAUGCUGGGGGUCGAACCCGGGUCAGCCGCGUGCAAGGCAAACGCCCUACCCGCUGUGCUAUCUCUCCAGCCCCGAAAUGCCUAAAAUUUUUUAAAUAAACCAUUCUAUGUCAAUUUUUAAAGAAUUACUCAACAAAGAACUGGGUUAAAGAUUUGUUAAGACAAAAUUUAAAGUUCUUAUUAAGGAGUUAAAUUUUUCUAUAAGUAACAUUUAAAAACACAAGGAAAAAAUUUUUAAAUCCACUGAAAUAUUGAAUCUUGUUAGUUAUACAUUAAAAUUUAAAUCCAUAGAUUUUCAUUAAUAUACAUGACAGCAAUAUUUUCCUAACUCUAAUUUAUGUAUUGCAUGGUUGUUUAAAGCAGAUUAUAUUUUUAAAUCAUUAUAUUUUAAUUCUUUUUGGCAAAUAGAAAUAUGAAUUUAUCUUAAACUAUUUCUUUUACAUAAUUCCCUUGAAAAGGAAUUUUGUUGCUAAAAUUUUUUCACAUUAAAUCACAAAUUUAAACCACUUCUUGGGCCAAUAGUGCUGCUACAUCCAAAUACCUUUGGUCAAAACACUUAUCUACGAUAUUCUUAAGAUAAAAUGGGGGCUGAUCACAAAGAUAAUACAGUAGGUAAAGUGCUUGCCAUGCACCCUGCAGACCUCAGCACCCCAUACGUUCUACUGAGCACCACCAGGAGUGAUUGAAAGGGGCUAGAGAGCUAUAUAGGAGUUAAGUACUUGCCUUGCAUGCUAUUAACUUCAGUUCUAAUCUCCACCGCCACAUAUGGUCCCCUGAGCACAGCCUGGGUCAUUUUGCUGGGAAUAGCCCAUGCAUACUGCCAGGUGUAUCCCCAUACACAUAUGAAAAGAAGGAAGUUAGAGGAAAACUGCGUUUCCAGAUUAUUAGUUUUAAGUGACCGCAUCAGGUGUGACGUUAGCUAUCUGCAUUGUUAAGAUAUGAAUUAUGAAGAUGAAACCAUUUCAAGAUAGAAGUAUACUUUAACAUUUUCAAAGAUUCCUAUACUAACAUGCACUACAAAAAUAUUUCCUUGACUUUGAUAUACAAAACUUGAUUCUAUAUCUGGAUACUGAUAAGAUUCUCCUUCGGUAGCUGAAGUCAACAAAAAUAGCUGCAUGUUUUAUAUGCAACCUGUUCUAAACUACUAUGGUAUAUUUCUGCAUGUCACUAAAGAAUUCUUAAAAAAAUAAAAGAUAGCAUAAUAAUUAUUUCUUUUUAUUAAUUUAGAGCAUUUGAAGUAUAAAAAUAAAGGCUUUUUGACAAACUGUAUAUACA